AUGAAUAACGUCAAACAAGAAAAGCCUAAAUUAAUCAAUUGGCCAAAUACAAUAACAUUGUUCCGCUACUGCUUAAUCUUUGUUUCAUGGAAUUACAAACAAGAUUACCGUUUUAUCGUCCAUUCCAUUGUAUUGUACAAUAUCUCUUGUUUAAUGGAUAUUUGUGAUGGAUAUAUUUCCAGAAAAUUAGGGCAAAGAACCAUUGUAGGGGCUUUGAUCGAUCAGAUUGUAGACAGAGCCAGCACUAUGACUUCCUGCAUUGAUGUAAUAAUUGUCUUCCCCGAAUACAAAAUUCCCAUCUACCUAUGGAUGGUAACCGAUAUUUUUGGUCAUUGGAUAUACUUUUACAGCUGUUGUUAUGUAGGCGCUAUUGACCAUAAAUUGACGGAUUCCAAUAAUGUAUUAAUGCAAUGGUAUUAUAGGUGUAAGCCAUUGAUGUUCCUUAGCAUCGUUUGCACUGAGACCUUUUGGAUAUCUGCUUACUGGUACAAAACGAUGCCCUAUCACCUAAACUACAUAGCUGUUAAAUCAAUGAUUUUGACGUUGCCUUUGGCAUUUUAUAGAACAAUCAUCUGUAUCUACCAAAUCUACCACGGAAUCAAUAAGACGAUAUGCCAUGAGAAGAAGCUUUACGAUAAAUGA